AUGAUUCGCUUUUUUUUUGUGUCGCGGCGGUGUUUGGUUAUUCAUCUUCGUCAUCACACUGGUGAAAGGCCUUUCGAGUGCCAACUUUGCAAAAAAAGAUUUAUUUCGAGAUCCUCCUUAAACAGCCACAACCGAAUUCAUAACAAGGAUCAACAACACCAAUGUCCUCAGUGUCCCGCUAAGUUGCUAACCCCAGGGAAACUAAAGAUUCACAUGCGAAAUCGGCAUACCGGUGAAAAACCUUAUAUUUGCAAAACCUGCAACAAAGCUUUCAGUAACUCUACGAUCUUGCUCAAACAUAGAAGAAUUCAUACCAAUGGCAGACAAUAUCAAUGUCCACACUGUCCCGCUAAGUUUUACGAUUCACCUUACCUUAAAAUACACAUUCGCUAUCAUACCGGUGAAAGGCCUUAUGUGUGUAAAGUUUGCGACAAAGCGUUUUAUACAUCGACUCAUUUGAUAACGCAUUGUAGAACCCACAACAAAGACGAACAGUAUCAAUGUACCUACUGUCCGGCUAGAUUCGCUCAGCCUGCUAACCUAAGGAUUCACAUUCGUAGGCACACCGGUGAAAAGCCUUUCAUGUGUGAAAUUUGUGCUGCUAAAUUUACAGAUGAAACAUCACUGAAAUCUCACAUCCGUCGAACCCACACCAGUGUGAAAACACACAGCAAUCUCGUAAAGUGCAACGUAUGCAACAAAGUUUUGAGCUCCGUAAAAAGGUUAGCGCUACAUCAGAAAACUCAUCAAUCCUCAACAACAAAGCUAAAAUGUUUCAUAAGUCGAGACCACGCUAGCAAUCAAGUAGAGUGCACCAUAUGUAACAAAGUUUUGAGUACACCAAGAGGCCUAUCCACACACAUGAAAACCCACCAACUCUUACCAACAAAGCUUGAAACCCACGCUGGCCAUGAAAUGCCUAGCAAGCCUGUAGAGUGCAACAUAUGCAACAAAAUCUUAAGUUCACACAGCAGCCUUUGGAGACAUAAGAAAACUCACGAGCCCAAGUUAGAGAAAGACAAAAAAUAUCAGUGCCCUAAAUGUCCCUCUAAGUUCUAUGAAUCAGGUGCUCUUCAAAGGCAUAUCCGCCAUCACACCGGAGAACGACCUUAUGUGUGUAAAGUGUGCGGCAAAGCAUUUCAUACAUCAACGAAUCUGAAAACGCAUGGUAAAACCCACAACAAGGACCAACAGCAAUAA